GGGAGCGUCUAACCGAUUAAGACUUAUCAGACAGACGCUUGUUUUAUUUUGCAGGCUAUGUCUUCGUCUAUUAUAUUUAGCUUUUGAACUUUGCUCUUUGACACUUUCUCGGGCGUUCGUUAUCGCUCUAUACGAUCUGAACUGUUAAACGAAAAUUGGCUCAUUUGUAGAAAAUUAACUUUCAUCGUUUCAAGUUAGUGCACCUACGGUUUCGGAAGUGAUUACACCAUAUUAACGUGGAUGUUUUUGUGCAUAUAUGGGAUGGGAAAUACCGCGGUUAGAUGUGUACGGAUCAGUUGCACAAUCGAGCAAGGGACUGUUAUUGAUUAUAUUUGGAUAAGACUGCCGAGUGUUGAUGUAUGCGUUUCUCGACUGGAAUAUCUUUAAUUGUAUUUAUUGACACAAAACCGUACGUAUAUUUACUUUUCACAAAACUCGGCCUGUUAGCUAAACGUAGACUGGACAUCCGGGGUGCGGAACGAAAGAGUGGAUUUCUUUAUCGUUCAUGCUGCGAAGCAUGAAAUGGUGGUAUAGGAGAACUUUUAAAACACCUGUGAAUUUCAUAUUUGUAUGAUAUUUAUUCGACCAAAAACAGUGUAUGGUUUAAAAUAGAGAGUACUGCCUGAAGUAGUUAGUAUAAUGUCACAUACUUAUAUCGUGUAUAAAAUGGAUCCACACACCUAAUGCGAAUAUCUAACAUUGGAUAUAAUCCCUAUCACCAGUGCGUGAUAAAUCCUAUCCUAAUUGGUUGUGGAUAUUCGUGGCCUAUCUUCGCUGAGGCACACACGUUUUCUCUUCACAUCGACAACUUCAAAAUACGCCCCGCCCACCCGGGAUAGCUCAUCCAUUCUCACAGUGAUCCGGAGCUUUAUGGUGAAUUUCCCCUGAAGACAAAAACAUGGUGUCCGAGGUACUGGGGUUCGUCCCCUCCUUGAACAAGCUACGGGGGAGCACGAGCGAUGAUUGGAUAGAUCGUAUAAGUCACAUGUACACUGUGAUCAUGCUGGUUAUUUUCGCCAUCGUGGUCAGCUCCGGUCAGUUCUUUGGCGAUCCGAUUCAUUGUUGGUGUCCGGCUGAGUUCACAGACGCUUUCGAAGAAUACACGAAAUACGUUUGCUGGAUUUCAAAUACCUACUACAUCCCUAUGAAAGAUUCCAUUCCGGACGAGGACGAAAUCCGUCAGGAAAAAGAACUGACCUACUAUCAAUGGAUACCGCUAAUACUACUUCUCCAGGCGCUCCUCUUCAAAAUUCCCAACAUCGCGUGGCGCAUGCUCAAUACACAAGCCGGAAUUAAUAUAGACAAAGUAGUUAGAUUAGCUGAGGAGACACAAGAUGGCUCACCGGAAGACCGCAUUGAGACCAUUGAAAAUUUGGCAAAGUAUAUGGACAAAUGGCUGGGAACCUAUCAGGAGUACAAACGGAAUAUCAUUGUCAGGGUGCGCGCACAGAUGACCAAGGUUAUGUGUUGUUUGAUGAAUAGGCGCGCCGGCACAUUCCUGACGGGUCUGUACAUGAUUAUCAAAAUCAUCUACGUCGUCAAUGUCAUCAGUCAGUUUUUCAUUCUAAACGCAUUCAUGGCAACGGAUUACAAUAUGUACGGGUUUCAAUACAUCGAAAGUCUCAUCAAAAACGAGCCUGUGCGAGAAAAUCCGAGAUUCCCCAGAGUGACCCUUUGUGACUUCCGGAUUCGUCAGCUACAGAAUGUUCAGCCGUGGACUGUUCAGUGUGUUUUGCCUAUCAACCUAUUCAAUGAGAAAAUCUUCAUUUUUCUGUGGUUCUGGUUCGUCUUGGUUGCAACAUUAGCUUGUUUCAGUUUGCUUAAAACUGCAAUAUAUCAUAUCUUCAAACAAAACAAAAUCAGAUACGUGAAAAAAUAUCUCAAAAUCAGUAAUGAAAUUCACAGCAAUUAUGACAAAAAGUUGUGUGCACAAUUCGCGGAGGGGUAUUUGCGGAAUGACGGUAUAUUUGUGUUGUAUAUGAUAGCUAAGAACUCGACAGAUCUGGUUGUGGUGGAUUUGAUGCGCGAAUUAUGGAAGAUAUUUAAAGAAAAACACAGUCCAAACAACAACAUCGCGAAUAAUCACGCGGGUAUCGAGGACAACGAGAUGGCGCCACCGCUUGAUGAGAAGGAACCUCUCACCGACGACGCCUAUCAACCGCAGUGAUCACGUGACGGUGCUGAAAUGUGAUUUCAGGGUAGCAGGGGAGAGCACUAUCGAGGCCGGUUUCGCAUUCAUAUCCAAAAUUGUUCAGCCUAAAAAUAAAGCCAGUUGUGACUUUUCGACAUAUCUGUUAGAUUCGCUGGAAGUUUCGAAGUAUAUAACAUGAAUUGAAACCGAAAAGACAAUUCACGCAGGCGAAUCAUGUGAGGGAUAGCUGUCGUUUUGAUUUCGCUAACAUGAAUUCAUAUCAAGAUAUGAUGCAUUAAACUGAUGAGAGAGGUUCCGAACAGACACUUCUUGCCUCGGAAUGCCUUGAAUUUCGCCUGCCCUUAUUGGGAUAUACCCGUGUUGUUGACUUUAAGUCACCAGGUGCUAUGAUUAUUUCUGACGUGUGUAACUGUCGUUUCGGAUGUGACGUUUUAUCGGCUAACACAUGACAAAACAUACCAGUGGAUUAUGACGUCAUGUCAAAUAUACAGCAUGAUCUUAGUAUUAAUGAGUUUAUCAAUUGUGUCUCAUUAUUAAUUACGUUUUGUACAGAAAGAAAAUUCUUUAAUAGGUGUUGGUUUCACCUGUUCUACGUAACAAACUUAAUGUCGCACAUAGAAGGCCUCGUUCUGAAUUCCCUUCAAGGGGAGAUAAUCAGGUAAACGCAAGUAAUAAACCAUAUGUUUGCGUAUAUCUACUAAUGAGCCGGCUACUAUUGUUCAUCAAAUUGAUAAAGCUUUACACCCAAAAUAUUUUUACUAUGUUAAGUAUGGAUAGAAAUACAGGAACAAGUUUUAAACUCAUAAUAGAGUAGUAAAAACAGAUAUAUUUUUACAUGUUACUAAAAGAAAGGACAAAACAGUUGAUUAACUAAUGGUGGAAGGGGGAUUAACUUUCGAUUUAACAUUCAGCAUUAAAUGAGGGUAGGGAAACCGCUGGCUCGACAUACGAAUAAUAUGGGACUUGUACAAGUCUAAUCAAACGUUGCUGUCAUUUAUAUAUCGCGUAUGUCUUGGCACUUAACAGGGAACGGUGCUAUUGUUAUUUCAUAAUCAUUUAUCCCAAGUUCUUGUGUUGUACAUAUUCUAUAAACCGUUAUGAACCUAAAUGAAACGCUAGUGAAUAAAAUAUGUUGUUUUGCGGUGAUAUUAAUUCAGAUUCGAUAUUUGUAUAUUUUUCUACUCAUAUAAAUAUGGCUUUAUACACUUUUGUACGGCGUAUCUGUAAAAAAAACAUAUCUUGAAUAUAUUUUGUAUGGAUUAGUUUUCAUUAAACUUGGUAACUUGGCGACAAUUCAGCUCUUGUUUGCAAUGUUUGCCAUUUGUUUUAAAACUACGCUUAUCGGAAUCAAUCAUAUUGAUCCGAUUGAUAAUGCCUCAUGCUUUAAGUACCAUUUUUUUUCAACAACAUCUACAAUACUCAUGCAUUGCCAGUAUAUAAAUUACGCAAAGUCGUGUGUUAAAAUUUCAAUGACUUCAUCUACCAGAGAAACCGAUAUCACUUUUGACUGUUACGCAAGUUUUAGAUUAUAAUUCUAUUCCAUAUUAAUUUUAAGUGUAAUGUGAUAAUUUAUUCUUUGCUUGACAUCGAUAUCUGAGAAUCGUUUAAUGGCGUUUAGCAGAUUUACAAUCAAAACCAUAUACCGGAACAGUUGCGACUUAAUAUGACUUUACACAACUUUUCGUCGUAUAAGAUUGGUUUGAACUGCAGUAUUUUUUGUACGAUUGGUCAAAACGUGUUUGUUUCCAAUUAUGUGGUCAGACCUGUUCAAGUCAUAUUGCAAAGUUGUAGUGUGUCGAAGUAAAUGUGGUAUUUUUUUACGAUUGAUCAGAGCUUGUUUUUUUUCAAUUAUGCGGUCAAUCUGUCCAUCCAUGCUACUAAAUCUACGUUAAACUAUAUCGAAAUAAAUGCAUUAAUUUCUACAAUUAGCCUGAACUUAUAUUUUUUUCAAAAUGUACAAUAUUGGCAACAUUGUGGGUUAUCUUUUUAAAAAGAUAUUUGUUUUAUUGUUUUACAGUUGCUCGGAAACUCAUCAUUUUAGUCUAUUUCUCUUUAGUCUUUUUUUAAGCCCAAUUUUUGUGUUUUGUAUGUUACCUCGACAGAGACGCAGUCGAAUGCGUCUCUGCUCUUAUUAUUAUUAUUUUUUUUUUAAUUUCAACAUUUACUUCGUAGAUUUAGUGUUAAUAAUUUAGUGUUUCUGACGAUUUAUCUUUAUUUCUAAUCAAGUCCGUUACAAUCUGCAAUCGUCCAAAACAAGUUAGUUAACCUUCAUUUACAUAGUAGAGUUUAGUGGUUGGUUUGUGUUCAGGUUGCCAAUCCUGUGGAGUUAACUAUUGCAGUAUCUUCCCAUGGUUGAUAAACCAUAGUAUCAACAUCGCCAGAAGUCAAUAACUGUCUAGUACAAAUCGUAGUGUCCUAUUGUCUUAUUCUCUACCAAUGAAUGCAAUAUUUGUAUUACUCAAUUUGAAUGACUAAUCAUGUACGCAAACUUGUAUUACAUUUAUAACAAUCUUCUAUAUUUAUAUUGUAAAUAUAACUAGUUAAUUUUGAAUCGAUCUUAAUAUAUGAUAUUCUCUGUUGAAAAAUAAAAAAAAUGCAAUUAA